AUGUUUUCUGCUUCCCUAUCAGCUCAGCAAUCUCCUUGUAAACUCCUUCAGAUUGCUCAUAAUUUGAGUAUGGAAAUCUCAGGAGCCCAUUUUGUUACACCUGAAAAAUAUGGCAUGAUCCAAAAUCCCAAUAUCAAUGAAUUAUUGUCUUGUAUUCCUGUUAACUCAAUCUCUACUUCUGAUGAUGGUGAUGAUCAGAACCACAAACCUCGGAUAGUCGUCGAUGAAAGGAAGCAAAGGAGAAUGAUAUCGAAUCGGGAAUCGGCACGAAGGUCCCGGAUGAGGAAACAGAAGCAUCUUGAUGAACUUUGGUCAGUGGUGGUUCGUCUUCGUACAGAGAAUCAUAGUCUUAUGGAGAAGUUGAAUCAGUUAACAGAUUCUGAACAACAGCUUCUUGAGGAGAACGUCAAGCUCAAAGAAGAAGCAUCGGAUUUUCGUCGGAUCAUCACUGACGUUCAAAUGAGCAGUCCUUACACAACUCACUUGAGAGAGCUGAAGGAAGCCCCCUGCAAUACCUUCGUUAUCAUGGUUGAAUCCUCAAGCCAAUCUGAUGAGUAGAGAAGUUACCUUCCACUGUUUCACUAAGAUCAUAGCUAUUUUCUCACAUAGUCUCUUCCAUGUCUGUUUUAAAAUGUUUGUAAUAAGCCCCUACCCUUUAGUCGGCCUCUACUCACCGGUAUAAAAUGAAAAAAAUAUUAGUUUAUACCUCUAAA